AUGAUCCUGAAUCUAAAGAAACUAAACAGGUUCAUCGAAAACAAGCCAUUCAAGAUGGAAUGCCUCUCCAAGAUCCUGCCCCUGCUUCGCCCCCACGAGUGGGCGGCAUCUAUAGACUUAUCGGACGCGUAUCUUCACGUUCCAAUAGCAAAGUCCUCUCAGCAUCUCCUAGGUUUCGCAAUAGGAGGGGACACUUACCAGUAUCAGGCCCUCCCUUUCGGCCUUCGCUCUGCUCCUCGCAUUUUUACAAGGCUCGUCAGGGUAAUUGCUGCAGAGCUAAGAAGAAGAGGGGUAAAAAUUUUUUUGUUAUCUCGACGAUUGGUUGAUCCUCGCCCCCUCAGAACAAUCCCUUCACAGACACUUGAAGGUCACUAUCGCGUUAACGACAAAUUUAGGCCUUCUCAUAAACUGGGAAAAAUCAAGAUUGACUCCAACUCAGACUCCGGAUUUCCUUGGAGCAUUUAUAGACAUCCCGCGUCAGCUGGCAGCCCCCCUUCCCCACCGGGUUCAGAGAACGAGAGCAGUCGCGGAGCAACUCCUGUCCAGUCGUUUCUCGACUGCGAAGACUUGGCAGAUUUUUCUGGGACUCUUAGCAAGCUUAGUGGAUACAGUCCCCCUUUGCAGACUGAGGAUGAGACUACUCCAGCUACAUCUCCUCAAGUUUUUUCGCCCACCCAUGGACGCCGAGAAAACCUACAUCCCUCUAUCUCCGGAGUCAAUAGGGGCCAUUCAGUGGUGGCUUCUUCCCUUGUCUCUGACCUCAGGGAAGCCCUUCAGAGGUCCCCUUCCGUCAGUGGUCAUCCUAACCGACGCCUCAAACCAAGGUUGGGGCGCAGUCAUGGACUCGAAGAGGGUGUGGGGGGACUGGACUGGUCAUCAGCUGAAUUUUCACAUAAACAGGUUGGAGAUGAUUGCGGUGCAGUUAGCCCUCCAACACUUUGCAUCCGAGAUAGUGGAAAAGUGUGUCCUGAUAAAGUCAGACAACCAGACGGUGGUAACAUAUCUCAACAAAGAAGGGGGAACUCGGUCAAGGACCCUUUGCAGACUGACUCUAGAGAUUUUGACAUGGUGCGACAGUCGCAACAUCACGGUGAAGGCAUCCCACAUUCCAGGAAAGGAGAAUUACAUAGCAGACUUCUUAUCGAGGGGACGCUAUCUCCCCUCGGAAUGGAUGCUCCACGAGGCUGUGGCCAAGGAGAUAUUCAAUCAAUUCGGCAACCCACAGAUAGAUCUAUUUGCCUCAACACUAAACAAGCAGAUCACUACUUACUGCACCAAGCACAGGGAUCCAAUAGCAGUGGCGACAGACGCCUUCUCAAUUCAAUGGGACAAUGUUUUCGGUUAUGCUUUUCCUCCAUUUGCAAUCAUCCCCAAGGUACUUCAGAAAGUAGAGGAGGAAGGAGCAACCAUACUGCUAGUCGCCCCCUGGUGGCCCCGCCGACCAUGGUUCUCAACGAUAGUCGGCCUUCUGUGGGGGAGCCCAGUGAUUCUACCGAUGAGGCAGGACAUCCUGAGUCAACCAGGGACCCAGCACUACUACCCCGAGCCCAACAAACUGAGGCUCACACUGUGGCCCAUUACAGGGCAGCAGCAAUCAAGGCUGGACUUUCUGAACGGGCUGCCAAUUUCUCGGCCGAAUGUUUACGGUCUUCCACACGAUCAACCUACGACUCCAGACUCAGUCACUAUGUUAGAUGGUGUCGGCAGGCUAAGACUAAUCCAUGCAAGGCAUCUGUAGGGCCGUCUCGCCGGAUACUAUCUCUCGUUGGAUUGUGGAGGCAGUGAAAUCUGCUGGUGAUCCAG